UGGAGAGUCCAUUCAUUGGAAAAUCCAUGGAAAGUGCAAUUUGGCAGUGGCUGUGGUAUUUCUUUGCUGUGCUGAGACUGCACAGGGAGUUCCUUGGCUUGGCUGGGCUGAGCAGCUCUGUGACUGCCCCUGCUCUGUGCUGCCAGCAGCAUUGGUGUGGGUUUCUCAGCACUGUGCUGCUGGGAAACUGUUCUGUCCCACUGCUCCUUCAGUUACCCUAUUCCUUAUUUUUAGAACCCCUUAUUGAGAUCCCCUGCGCUUGGGAGCUUUCCUUGGAGCCAGAUUCUUUCCCCUGUGCCCUGAGAGGGAGACAAGAGGAGGACUGACGAUCUGCAGAAUUGCAGCUGAUGUUCUGCCUCAAAAUUACCUCAUUUGAUGUCUCCUGACCUGCCUGGGAAGCUUGGGACUGGGCAGCAGGAUGUUCUCUGGCCCCUCUGACUGGUUUGGGUGAUGGAAAGGGGUUUUUAUGUCCCACAGGGCCACUGUGUAUCUGGCUGGGGCUUCUUGCUGUAGGAGGGCCCAGUCUCCUGGCUCCCUGCUGAAAAUAGCUGGGGACCCCCAUGCCCUCGGGCCACAGUGCCAGAAAUCUGUUGGCUGAUGAGAGAGGGCCAUAAAACCGCGGGGAGCCAGGAGCGGCUGCGGGCAGCAGGAAUGCUGUCAGGGAGGAGAGCUGCUUUCCCAGCCCGCUGCCUUCCCUGCUCGCUGCUGCAGCUGCUGGGGUGGGUUUUUCUAUUUCUGUUUGUGAAAAGGCUUCCCCUGUAAUUAGGAGGUGAUUUAACGCCUUGUCUGACACAGCUGCAGGACACAGCACUCAGCGGGCUCUCGGCAGGGACUCCUCAGCCCAGCAAAGUCGCUCCUUGAGCCAGUCACACCUCAGGCAGCCUUCAUCAGUGUCUCUUCCUCACUUCAAAAUGUCCCUCUCGCACACGGCUGCUGAGUACAUGCUCUCUGAUGCUCUGCUCCCGGAUCCCAGCAGCUCCCGAGCCAAGGGCUUGCGGCUGGAGCUGCCCAGCGAUCGCCUGCUGAAGUUUGUCACCGUGGGGCUGCCCCUCUUCCUCGUCUCACUGGCUUUCGCCCGGGAGUUCUCUGCUGGCUCCCAGAUCAGCUGCUUCUCUCCCACCAACUUCACCGGGAAGCAGUCCGCCUACACCGACACGGCUUGCUGGGACUCCCUCAUCCACCAUGGCUUUGACGCCGAGGGACGUGCCAUCACCAAGUCCCUCUGGGCUCUGAAGGUAGUGUCAAAGUCACUCUGGGCACCCCUGCAUCCCAUCUGGGCGUCCACAGCAAGAGCAACUCGACAUCCUCAACAACUGUUGGUGUUCUUUGCCCAGGUCUUCCCCUACUCGCUGCUGGUGGUGGCGGUGCUGAUGUACCUGCCGUACCUGCUGUGGCGUUACGCUGCCGCCCCCGCCCUGCACUGCGACCUCCUCUUCAUCAUCGACGAGCUGGAUAAAUCCUACAACCGCUCCGUGCGCCUGGUGCAGCACAUGAAGAAGGUCCAGCAGGCCAGUGCCGAGCCGGAGCAGUUCUGGGAGGAGUAUGAGAGGGCCCGCGAGGAGAGGUAUUUCGAGUUCCCAUUGCUGGAGCGGUACCUGACCUGCAAGCAGCACGCCCACGCCCUGGUGUUCAUCUACAUCCUGAGGAACCUGCUGCUGCUCCUGUUCUUGGCUGCCACCUGUCUCUACCUGGUCUUUCUCCACCUUAACAUCUUCUUCCAGGACGAGUUCAGCUGCUCCAUCAAAACGGGGUUGCUCCAGGCGGAGCCGCACAUCCCGUCGCUCAUCCCUUGCAAGCUGGUCUUCUUCUCCGUGUUCCAGCUCAUCAGCCUCUCAGUCGGCAGUGUCUAUGUCCUCCUCAUCCCCGUUGUCAUCUACAACGCCCUGCAGCUCUGCCAGUGGGACAAGGGGCUGCUCUCUGUCUAUGAGAUGCUGCCUGCCUUCGACCUGCUCAGUCGCAGGAUGCUCACCUGCCCCCUCAACGACCUCAACGUCAUCCUGCUCUUCCUCCGUGCCAACAUCUCCGAGCUGACCUCCUUCAGCCGCCUCAACGCCGUCAGCGCCCUGAGGGAAGCCACUGCCAACAAGGAGGACAUCGACACCGUCAUCGAUUUCAUGACGCUGCUGGCUGGGCUGGACACCACCAAGCCCAAACACCAAGCUUGCACCCCCGAGGCCGAAGGCAGCCCAGCCCUCUCCAAUGGUGCAGCCCUAGAACCAAAGCCUGGAGCGGAAACGAUGGGAAAAGCCUCACGGGACUCACUUGGCUCUGCCUGAUCCCGAAGAAGGCAGCAGGCAGAGAUCCUGUGAUCCCUGGAUCCACUUCUCUGACACAGCUGUACUGCAGCAGCCGGGCUGAACCCACCUGUGCUUCCUGCACCUGGCCUUUCCCUUCUUGUGUACAUUUGUCCAGCAAAAAAGGGUUAAAUAAUCCGUGUUUUGUGCA